UUUAGUACGACCCGCGAGCGCACCUGCUCGACCCACCCACACAUGCUCGUGUGCCCGCCCAGAUAUCCGUAGUUGUGUGAUCGAUCUCUUUUUUUUAACAACUAUUUCAUGAAGAGGGAGCAGCACUCUUUCCGUGUCUGUGUGUGUAAAGAUAAGGAUUUACGGAUGAAUGAACAAAACACUUGCCAGUCGAUAAGCGCCCUCCAGCAGCAGCUUCAGCCCGCACUGUAGACUGAUAAAAGGCAGAGAAAGGAGAGAAAAGAGAAAGAAGGAAGCAGCUCGAAAGCAGAUCAAAGUAAACCGAUCCGAGGGCCGCGCCGAAUGCAUUUGCAUCUAUUGGCCAGCGACCCAGCAAAAACGCAACAGUCCAUCAGCAGCAGCAGCAGCGGCAGCAGCAGAUCCAGAGGAAGAUCCAGCGGCCGCCGCCCCCAUACGGGUGCCUCCUCAGCAGCAGCAGCAGCAGCAGCAGAAGCAGAAGCAGGAGCAGAAGCGCUAGAGUCCACCACCCCCGAUCCCGCCGCCAGCGACGCGGGCCCUGCCACUGUGGCGCCCGUCAGCAUCGCUGGCCCCGGCCGCCUGGCGCGCAGCAUCAACGGCAGCAGCGUCGGCAGCCACCACCCACACUCGUACUACCCCCCCUAUCCGCACCACUACACCCACAAUCCUCACUCGCAUCCGCACCUGCAGCACCUACAGCAUCACCACCAUCCGCACCACGCGCACCCGUCCCACCACAGCAUGGUGACAUCCUCCACCUCGCCCACGGGCAACGGCUGGAGCACGCCGGGCGACUACAAAGGGGCCACGGCCGCCACCGCACCUGCCGCCCCGUCGGUGGUCACGGCCGCCACAGCAUCCACAGCCGCUGCCGCCGCCGCCGCAUCGGUCAUGUGCGAGGUCCUGCCCUCCAGCAGCGCCAGCGUGGGCAGCAGCUCUCCAACAGGUGGGGCCAGCAACGGCACGGCCCACAGUGGACACAGUGGUGGCGGCAACAGCAGCAGCACCACUACUGCCACCACCACCACCAACAACAACAACAACAACAACAACAACAACAACAACAAUGCAGUGCAUCAGGAUCUGCUGUGGAUGGAGAGGCUGGUGCUGAAGCGGCAGCAGGAGCAUCCCGGGGAGUUAGUGCGCACGAGCAAUCCUUACUUCCUGUGCUCCGCCCUGCCCUCCCAUUGGCGCUCCAACAAGACGCUGCCGCUGGCCUUCAAGGUCGUUGCUCUGGCGGAGGUCGGCGACGGCACCUACGUGACCAUUCGCGCCGGCAACGACGAGAACUGCUGCGCCGAGCUGCGAAACUGUACCGCCCAGAUGAAGAACGACGUGGCCAAGUUCAACGAUCUCCGCUUCGUGGGACGCAGCGGACGAGGGAAGAGCUUUACGCUGACAAUCACGGUUGCAACGAGCCCGCCACAGGUGGCAACCUACGCCAAAGCCAUCAAAGUCACCGUCGACGGACCUCGGGAGCCGCGCUCCAAGACAAGUCCUACCGGCGGUCCUCAUUACCGCGCCCUCGGCCUGGGCCAGCGGCCCUACAUCGACGGCUUCCCGAAGACGCUGCACGAACUGGAGACGCUCCGGCGCUCGGCCAAAGUUGCGGCCGCGACGACGGCGGCGGCGGCUGCGGCCACAGCGGCCACGGCAGCCACAGCAGUAGCAGCGGCCGCAGCAUCGGUGGCACUGCCCGGGUCCACCACCACAGGCGGAGUCGGAGUCGGAGUCGGAGUGGGAGUGGGAGUGGGCGGUGGCAGCAGUGGCAGCGGCGCGGGUCUGGUGCAACAAUUGAGCAGCAAUUACUCAUCUCCGAAUAGUACAAUCAACUCGGAUUGCCAGGUCUACAAGCCGAAUGCGCCCCACAUCCAAGAAACCGAUCUGAUGGGCGCAGGGGAAUGGACGGGAUCCUCGAGCUCCGCAGCCGCCUACUACCACAGCCAUGCCCACCAUCCGCACGCCCACCACGCCCACGCCCAUGCCCACGCCCACGCCCAUGCCCACGCGCAUCACCUGCAGCACCAGAUGGCCCUGCCGCCGCCCCCACCGCCGCCAGCGGCGGCUCCAGUGACCAACGGAGCGGGCGGCAUGGGCGUGGGCGUCGGCGUGGGCAUGGGAGUCGGGAUGGGCAUGGGGGUGGGGAUGAGCAUGAACCACUACGGGAGCGGCUACGAGACGGCCAGCUCCCUGGACGCCGGCAACUACGCCCACCUGCCCGCCGUCCUGCCCGAAAUGCACGGCCACGGCUUCGCCACGGAUCCCUACCAGACCGCUGGCGGCUACGGAACGGGCGCCGGGGCCGGCAAGUCCGACCUGGAGAACCUCGGCGGCGGCGGAUACGGGGCGGGGGGCUACAACAAUGCGGCCGCCUGGUCGAACGGCUACAACAACUACCAGUACGGCAACUGCUCGGCCUCGGCGCAGUACGGUGGCACGGGGGGUCAUUCUGCGGCCCCGCCCCCGCCACCUCCCCCGCCCGUGGUGCUCUACCCGCAACUGUACUCGACCGUCAACCAGAACCAGAUCCACCUGCACCUGCACAGCAGCGAAAAGCUCGAGCAGUACCUGGGCAGUGCCAGCGACCAGCAGCUGACCAUCAGCUCCCUCACGGGCAGCCGCUCCAGCAUCGAGAUCGGGCCUGCUGGCGGCCUGCUGGGCCUCACCGGGGAGCAGGAGCACCACCAGCACCAGCAACAGCAGCAGCAGCAGCACCUCCAGCAGCAGCCGCUGGAGCAGUCGUCGGAGGCCUCCAACCAAAGCUAUCAUCUGAGCCAUCACCAGCAGCAUCCCCACCAGCAGCAGCAGCAGCAGCAGCAGCAGCAGCAGCAAGCGGUGGAGCAGGUGCAACAGGGCGAGGGGGUGGGCGUUGAGGCACCGCGGGACGAGGAUGUGGGCGAUCUCACACAGGUUUGGCGACCCUAUUGACCCAACCGGAUAGCGGUGCCACUGCCAGCGAGGCCGCCACCGCCUCCGCCACCGCCUCCGCCACCGCCUCCGCCGCGCGCCUUCCUUCACAUCGAGCUGAACUGAGGGCCAGGGGAAGAGGAAGAGAGGCGCCAACAACCAGAAGAACUGUACAAUUUUUUUGUUUUUUUUUUACCCUAGGGAUAAAUACAAAUACAUAUACAUAGACGAGUAUGUAAGAGUAUGAUUGCAUGUGUACUAUAUCAUAAUAAGAGAUCAGUGGGCCAGUAAGCUGUAAAUACUUCAUAAACGGAAGGAAGACUAAGGGAUACCCCUAGAGAUGGCCCUAGCUUCUAGUGCACCCAAGAAGGACAUUUUUUUUUGUUAGCCCUAAGCCUAGACAUGUGUACUAUAUGUGUACAUUUAAUCGAUAAUUCCGCACAAUUAUCUAUAAAUCGAUGUAUGGAUACAUUUUUUUUCUGUUACUUUUUGUGUGAAUCUGCCAAACGAUUCGAGAAGAGGAUGAGAAGAGGAGAGGAGGUGAAGAAGAGCCGGAGAUGGAGAGAAGACUACAAAUAAAG